CAAACUGCUGGGAAGGCGAGCAUUGACUUCCAGUUUUUGCUCUUCGCUCGCUGAUCCAGGUCUAGUUUUCUGCGGCUAGUAGGAGCGCUGCUGGGGGCGUCCGUCAAUCCAUAACGAAUUCCGCGAUCGGAUUGACUGACAUGAUCCGAUAGGCUAAUAGCAGAUUUGUCCUUGUCAAGAUCAAACCUUGCAUUCCUUUGUGAUUGAUACUGUCGUCGCGUCCGUCCGUCUCGCAUCCUCCCCCCAGAUUGGGACGAUGGCUCGGAACUGUCCGUCAAGCUCUUGGAGGAGUUUCCAGUACCAAUGGUAUGGUCGAUAGUCCAGUUAGAAAACCUGUUAUUCCUUUUGCUUCCCGAGUUGCUCUGUCGUCCGCGAUUGUACAGCUCUCCGGACGAAUAUGAUUCCCUCAUGCUCGUGUCCUUUGCAGACUUGUCCAGUUCCGGGGGCUUGACGGUCCAGUUCCUGAUGGAUUUUUUCUUUGAAAUGGAGCCCCGGGAGCCCUCGUCACCACUUCCUUGCAUCGAAGCUUCCGAUUUCGCUCGAUUGCCGAGAUUCCUAGCUUCCAGCUGGUUUUGUAGUAGUAUUCGACGAUUUAUUUCCUCCUUCAAUUGAGUUUCACGGUAUUGUGCCUUCACUCGUUCCGUCUCCAUGUGAAGCAAUUCUCCCGCCAUUGUCUCGAGCAUAAACUGGAUUUGUUGUUGUUGACCCAUCAUCUCGUCCAGAUGCAUUUGCAACAAAUCGAUGCGUUCCUGUGCUUCAUCAAGCUGGGCUGAAGGAGAAUUAUCUUCGAUUCCAUCAAGGGCCCGAAUGGUAUCUUCUGUUGCCGAAACGGCUUCAACCACCACGGCAACAAUCAAGUUGAACACGAUGAAUCCGGCAACCAUGACGAAUGUCAAGAAAAGAAUCCAAGAAUACUGAUAGUAGGUGCCCGGUACAUCCAUGACUGCUCGGCAGAUAUGUCCCCAUUCCAUUGUCAUCAUUUGAAAACAGGUAAACAAGGACAUUUCGAGCGAACCAAAAUAGUCCGUGCCAUCCGCACCUUCAAUGUAAACUUCAGAAAAUAGCUCCGUGAACAGCACUGCAAAGACGUAAAAUAUAAUUACCAACAACAAGAAAAUUGCAGCCAAACGCGGCAUCACGUCUCCCAGCGCCAAGACCAAAUCUCGGAGAGGCUUCACUCGUGUAAUCAACCGAAAGGCUCUGAAGAUACGAAAGGCGCGCAACGCCUGUCCUUUUCCCUGAAAUAUCCAUGACAUCAAUACCACGGAAAAAUCAAAAACUAGCCACUUGUCAAGAAAAAGAGCGGGUCCAUAGUAGUAGAGUUGCAUCGAGACUUCAACGGUAAAAAUGUACAGGAACCACUCGUCGAUGCUUUCAAAAAUCUUUGCGUUUGUGGGGUUGUCUUUGACCCAUUCCAUAGUAGCCAAUCCCAUCAGCAGAGCGUUCACCACGAUUAGAAAGAUAAUUCCCAGCUGAAUGUACUCGUUGUUAAUAAACUUUCCAACCUGUCGUCUGCUCUUUUGAAACUUUUGCAAUAAAGUGACAGCCUUCGACUUUUCUCGGCCCAUGGCAUCGGCGUCCGUUUCAGAUCCACCGUCGAGAUCGCUCUGAUUACUGAAAAAUUCGUUUUGUCCAACGCUCUUAUAGCCUUCCGGUCCUUCUGGAUCAUUCUUUUCCUCCAUUUCCCCGAAGUCGACAGAGAGAGCUGAAAGCCCGGAGUGAUUGAAGGAGUCCGACAUUGGUUCCGUUACUAAAUUAUAGCUUUUCUCUCGUUGCAGGUCAAGUUUUACGUCAAUGUUUUGUUCCUCCAGGUCAUCUGAUGGCAUAGGAGAUCUGGGAGGAGUGUAAUAUCCGGCGAUCGGCUGCUCAGUGAGUUCUUCGUUGUCGUUGAUGUGGAAAAACGGUGUCAAUCCUUUCGGGAAGCCGCGCGGAAUGCCGUUGGGGCCAUCUCCUUGUUGUUUCUUUUCGGCUUCGUCAGCGGAACCACCCUGUUCUCUUCUGCUCACGUUGCUGCGCCUUCUAAGGCCAAAGCCGGAGGUCACGCUGUUGGCAAGGCUCUGGUAGGAGCCACUGACAUAAUUCUUGGAAUCCUCAUGGUUGAACUUCCUGCGAUCUUGCGACGACAUAGUUGAAACGUUAUUGAUGACCAAGCGAAACAAAUUUCAAUAAGAAGUUGAGGUUAUUCUCGUUCUCGAAGCGUCUCGAUUCAGUAGUGUGCGUUUCGAUUCGUCUCGUUGCGUGCCUUGGUGUCGGAUCACAAGUGACUGCUGGUGAAGUGACCUGUGACCUGUUGUCCUUUUGGACCUUUGUUUCCAGGAAGGAAAUGUAUCUACCUGUAAAUGAAAAUCAAUGCUCUCUAGCUGU